GACGGGGACUGCUGGCCACAGCCAACUGGUCCUGUGUUUGCUAGUGCACAAACAGAAUGGAAGGAACCAACAGAGUACAUUGCUCUGGAUGGAGAGAGUCUCACCACUGAUGACCUGGUCAGAUUGGGAAAAGGCCUCUUCAAGAUUAAGCUUACUAAAGAGGCUGAAAAGAAAGUGUGCGACUCCAGGGCUGUCAUUGAUUUGAUCAUCAAGGAGAAUAGAGUUGUGUAUGGAGUCAACACAGGCUUUGGGAAGUUUGCACGGACCAUCAUCUCAAAUGAUCAACUCCAGCAACUUCAAGAUAACUUGAUCCGGUCUCACAGUGCUGGUGUUGGUUCCCCUCUGACUCCUGAAAGGACUCGCAUGCUCCUCGCUCUCAGAAUCAACGUACUGGCCAAAGGCUACAGUGGCAUUUCCAUGGAAACUCUUCAGGCUAUUGUAGCUGCCUUCAAUGCGUCGUGCCUGUCCUGGGUACCUGAGCAGGGUACAGUGGGGGCGUGUGGGGAUCUGGCUCCUCUUGCCCACCUCACACUGGGGCUGAUGGGAGAAGGACUCAUGUGGUCUCCACAGAGCGGCUGGGCCGACGCCAAGGCUGUUCUGCAAGGCCAUGGCCUAACUCCAAUCAAGCUAAAGCCAAAGGAGGGUAUAGCUCUGAUCAAUGGGACUCAGAUGAUGUCAUCUCUGGGUGCGGAAGCAUUGGAGAGAGCACAGGCCAUCGCUCGUCAAGCUGACAUCGUGGCAGCCCUCACUCUCGAGGCGCUCAAAGGCACCCCCAAAGCCUUUGACAAGGAUCUCCACGCUGCAAAGCCUCAGCCCGGUCAGAUGGAGGUGGCCUUUCGUAUGCGCUCUGUGCUGCCCUCUGCCCUUUACACUUCUGAGAUCACAGGGGGCGCAUAUGACCGAGUUCAAGAUCCCUACACAUUACGCUGCUGUCCUCAGGUGCACGGGAUUGCAAAUGACACCAUUGCCUUUGUGAAGAAUAUCCUGACCACUGAGCUCAACAGUGCUACAGACAACCCGCUGGUGUUUGCUGAGAGAGGAAUUACUAUCUCUGGUGGAAACUUUCAUGGAGAAUACCCAGCAAAGGCCCUGGAUUACCUGGCUAUAGGUGUGCAUGAGUUGUCCUGCAUCAGUGAGCGUCGCAUUGAGAGACUGUGCAACCCCUCCCUCAGUGAGCUUCCUGCGUUCCUGGUUAACGAGGGCGGCCUCAACUCUGGCUUCAUGAUUGCGCACUGUACCGCCGCAGCAUUAGUUUCGGAGAAUAAGGGUCUGUGUCACCCCGCCUCGGUGGACUCUCUGUCCACCAGUGCGGCUACUGAGGACCACGUCUCCAUGGGGGGGUGGGCCGCACGCAAGGCCCUCAGGGUGGUGGAGCAUGUGGAGCAGGUGCUGGCCAUUGAGCUGUUAGCUGCCUGCCAGGCCCUGGAGUUCCGUCUCCCUCAGAAGACCACACCCCCCCUGGAGGAGGUGCGCAAGCUGGUCCGCUCUGUGGUCAGGCCUUGGGACAAGGACCGUGCCAUGAGCCCUGACAUCGAGGCCGCACACAAGCUCCUGCUGGAGGGAAAAGUGUGGGAGGUGGUGAGGCCUUACAUGGAGAAGUACCAGCAGAUGGAAUGCCAGCAGUGAGCUCUGCCAUCACCCAUAAUCCUUUGGGUGUGAUUACCCAAUUGAUAACCAGGAAGUGAUCAGUCACGUCAAUCAUAGAUUCAUGUACUGUAUAAUGCGAUCAUCACACAUAAUCCCUCCCACCAGGAGACAGAUCAACCUUUUUUUAAGUUUAUUGAUGGUGGCAGAUGCACACCACAACAUGGAUUACAUAAACAGAUAAAUAAAUUUGCCUGAGCAACUCAGCCUGUUUGUACGGAAGAGCAAUAGGGCC